AUGGCCGAUCAAACAGAUGAGCUUGUCCUCACCAUCACGCAUCAUGGUCAACCCAUCACACUAUCUUUCCCCGAGGACGCCACAAUAUCCGACCUCUCGUCGCGCGUCGCUUCCGACCUCUCCAUACCCUCCUCCAACCAGAAAUACCUCGUGAAUCCAAAGAUCGGCCUGCUGAAGCCUCCUUUCAAAGAUCCUACACUGCCACUCUCAUCGCUCGUCGCGAAGAAGAUAACACUUAUGGGUAGCACGACGGCCGAAGUCUCCUCUCUUAACGCCACCAUAACCGCAGCCUCUGCGCCUCGUCGUCCAGGUCCCGUAAAGGCGGCCACCCCAGCACGGAAUAGAGACUGGAAGAAAGUGCAGGAUGAGGCACAGUACACUUUCCACACACUGCGUCCCUUACCGUAUCUCCCAAAUCCCGAUCGUAGUCUGAGAUUCUUGGAGAGGCUGCGCGAUGAUGCUGGCAUUAAGGCGGCGAUGCGGACGCAUAAGUUCAGCGUGCCUUUGCUGACUGAGAUGGAUCCUGCUAUGCAUACUACACAGGAGUCUCGUACACUGGGUCUGAACCGCAAUCGUGGCGAGGUCAUCGAACUGCGGUUGCGGACAGAUGCGUAUGACGGAUAUAGGGAUUACAAAACUAUUCGGAACACGCUCUGUCAUGAACUUGCUCACAACGUCUGGGGUCCUCAUGAUCGGAACUUCUGGGAUCUGUGUAAGCAGAUCGAGAGGGAGGUCGCUAGAGAUGAUUGGAAAAGCGGCGGGAGGACUGUGGGCGAUGAAGAGUACGCUGAUGCGCCGGAAGAGGUCUACGAUCAUGGCGGCUGGACCGGGGGUGAGUUCGUGUUGGGGAGUAGCGGGGACACGGUGGUGAGUAGUGCUGGGGGAACUAUACAUGCAGGGAACUUGAGUAGAAGGGAUGUGUUGGCGAGAGCGGCAGAAGAAAGGGCGAAGAAGGCGAAACAGGCGAGAAAUGAGGAUAGUAAUGGCGGAGAGGCAUGAUGAUGAUGACGACAUGUUUAUUGUAUCAGUAUGUUUCAGCGAGCUAUUCCUCCUCCAUACCCAUUGUCUGCUGUACAUCUAUUUCAUUGAGUGGCAGGUCGAAAUCAAGGCUCCUCUACACUCAUCCACGCAUCUCAAAUCGCAUGAUCACAAUAGUGAAGCUGGGGUAUUCAUUGGUACAUAAUAUACAAAGUAACCUUGAAGAAAAGAAGUAAUCCACCCGACCAAUAUCUCGAGUUAUUCUUCCCAAAACCCACCCGAAAAAAAACAAUCUCAAACUCCUUCUCCAAACUCACAACCCAGCACUCCAUCUCGUCCCCGUCUGGCCCUUGGGCACAGCCAAUCUCGGACUCCUCCUCCUCUCCUCCUCCUCCUCAACCCCAACACUCUUCGACCCCCUCGCCCUCUUACUCCUCCUCUUCCUCUCCCCAGCCAUCUCCUCCCCCGGCCCCUCCACAGACUGCACAGGCGUAUCCGGAUGCGGCUGCGGCUGCAAGACCGGCAUGGUCUCGAAAUCCAGCCUCUGCGUCUCCG